AUGUCACAGCAUGGGUGGACUGGUCGUCAAACAGGUACAGCAAGGAUAUAUACCGUUACACGACUUUUGCUGACUGUGCCGAUCGCUGGAAAGGCCAUUAUCACAGCCAAAAAUAGGAGUGCGCAAAUUUCGAUUUUCGAUGUCCCUACAGGAAUUUGUUUCUUUGGCACCCCCCAUAGAGGUGCAAAAAGCGCAAAGUGGGGUGAAUUAGGGAACAAUUUAUCGAACGCUGUGAGACUAGGACAAGGGGGAGGAAGGAAUUCUUCAGAACUGAGGUUUUUCUGCAACACUGUCAGCGACAUACAUAGCGACUUUGUUCUUGUCUCAAGAGACUUCGAAAUUAUAAGCUUCAUAGAGAAUGUCGGCUGCAGAGGGAUUGGCUUGGUCGUGGAGCACGAAUCUGCCAAGAUGGACAUCCCUAACGAAAUUGUCAAACUGCUCGAUGCCAGCCAUACAGAUUUAUGCAAGUUCGUGUCAUCUAGUGAUGAUAAUUGGGUGACUGUCACAACCUAUAUUCACAAUAUGGCAUCUAAUCUUGUGAACCGCUCAUUUCAAGGACCUUCAAUCUCUAGCUCUUUUUUUCGCAGUGGCGAGUACUCGCUGGGAGAUCCAAAAGGUCAUAUCGAGACUGAAACAUCUCUUCAACAAAAUGAGAGCACCGCCGACACCAAUACCUCAGGUGUUCGCGAGGUAGAAAAUGACAUUCCAUUCUUCCUCUCUCAUCACUUUUCCAACCGACCGGACAACAUUCUGGAGCAGAUGUCAGAGUGCUUCCAACAAGAACAAGACUCGCGCCUAUUCGGUUUGUACGGACAUAUCGGUGUUGGGAAGACACAAAUAGCACUCAAAUUCAUGAUGGACAACAGAAAGUCAUUUCCCGUCCAGUUUUGGGUACAUGCGGAUACGAAAGAUAAAAUAGACAUCUCAUAUGAGUCUAUUGCCAAAGAGCUGGGAAUCGGUGUUAUUGCUACGAGCCCAAAACAAACCGCCGUUGCUGUUCGAAAGUGGCUCGAGACUAACCAUCAUUGGCUCAUCGUGUUUGACAAUGUGGAAGACCUCAGUCUUGUUACUUCGUUCUGGCCACGGCACUUCUCAAAGACGAGCUACAUCAUUGUAACUACGAGGGACCACUCGAUUGGCUCACCUGGCACAUUUACCGCAACCGCAGAAGUCAAGUCUUUCCCCGUGGAGGCAGCAGCAGAGUACUUCUGGUCACGAGUAUCUGACACUGUCGCGGACCCCAACCAGAAACCGCUGGCCAAGGAGGUUGCGCUCAAACUCGAUUGCAUACCGCUCGUGAUGAACCACGUCGCGGCAUACAUCAAGGUUCGGCACAUGACACUAAGCGAGUUUCUCGAGGAGUAUGACAUUGAUGAGAGUAUCGCGGUCGAGCAAAAGAUCUCUGACCCCGACAAGAUUCCUCUAGACCUCAUCCGUCAUUUUCGAUCAGGUGACGGCCCCAAGUCACCUGGCCAGUCUCAUAACAAUCGUUUGCACCAAUCAAUCAAUGAUCUUGUUUUCAAGUCACUACUCGACCAGAACAAAGACCCCAAAAACAGAUCAUUGAGAGUGCAUCGUAUGACUCAGGCCGCAGCCAGACAGCGCUGGAGUUCCGAGUCUAGAACACUCGCUUUUGACAAUGCUGUCCAUUGUAUAUGCCGGGAAUACCCCCGCCAGGAGCAAGGGGGGUCCAUGGUUGCUCUCUUUUCUCGUUGCGCCAUGUUCACUGCUCAUCUCCGAAGUAUCCUCCGUUACUAUCAGAACCACGGUGAUGGACUUUCACCUUCCAAGGAGUUUGCUGAAAUACUUGCCCACUGCGGUUGGUACUUCUUUGAAAGAGGAGAGACAAUAUCUGCAUUGGAGGUCCUUUUGGCUGCCGAAAGUAUUUGCAAGAAGUUGCUAAGAAGAAAGAGUCAGACUUUGGGGCUCAUCUACAACAACCUAGGCGCUGUGUUCAUGUUGCGACGUGGUAAAGAGAAAGAAGGCCUCGGGUACACCAAACUAGCCAUCGAAAACCGAGAGCUCUCGAUUCCCAAAGACGAUCCAGAAAUCCAACAGUUGGGAAUUUCUUACAUGAACUAUGCCAAUGAUAUACAACUCAUUGAGCCUUUCACACAAGACGAGCAAGAUAAAGCGGCUGACUAUUAUCACAAAGCCCUAGAGAUAUGCCUGAACUGUCCUGGAGGUACCGCACGAUCUCAGGAACUUGUACUUUCAAAUAUGAGUUAUGCGUACUUUCGAUGGGGCAAUCUAGAAGCCGCGUUGGGUUAUGUCCAAAGGGCAGUCGCCUUGCACACGGACUGUGCUCCCGAUACUUCGUUCAUGCUCUACACCUUGUAUUACUAUGGGAAUAUCCAAUGGGCUUUGGGAAAUCGUGAGGACGGUUUUCGUAUCCAUAAACAGUGUCUGUCACGCCGCCAGACCUUAUUCGGCGGCAAUGAUCAUUAUACGACGGGCCUGUCCCUGUACAAAACUGGGAGCCUGGCCUUCGUUCUUGGGAACCUGGAUUAUGCGCGACAUCGGUUGGUUGAAGCAGAGAAAACAUUUGCAGAGUACCACGAUGACCCGGGACUGUGGCCAAGAGCACUCCUCAAGCUGGGUCAGGUACUGAUGAAAAUCGCACAACGGGAUUGGAAUCGAAACUUGGAGGCUGAAGGGAAAAGGACCUGGGCGAAGGGUCUGCAAGAAGCGAAAAGGGUAUCGAAAAACGAGUCGUUCCAAGGUACGAGCGACGAGGAGCUGGAUUCUCUUGUACGACAAGUUUAUCGUUAG